AAAAAAAAAAAAAAAAUGCGGCAAUUACAAAAAGGCAGACAUUCUUUUCCCGCUUUGCAUAAUAGUUGGCUGUAAAACUGUAUUGCGCUGUUAUCUUCCCCUGUGGUAUUGGCGGCCUGAAAUGAAUGUGCAGGGAUUCCACGCAUUCUAGACAAAACGUGAAUCACUUAAUAAAAAUUGCGUGAAUGCACAUGCUGCACACGCACCACCUACAUUCCCUUUCAACUGAAAGUGAAGCAGUAUCAUCUGAGCGGGACAAUUGAGAGUGGAGGUGUGUACCAGUUUCAGGGGACUGGCUGAAAAGGGAGGUGUGUCUUAAAUUGGCGGAGCAACAAGCUGGGACAUGCUCAGCUGCUCGCUCAUGGAACAGGCCACCAAACAGUGCUAAUGCAACCAAGACAAAUGACUGUGUCGUGUCUCGAGCCUAUCAAAAGGGCGUUUGAAUUUUUUCCAUUUCCAGAAAUCUACAAUAUCUGAUGUGGAAUUAUAUUGAAAUGAGUCAUAAGUUAUUUUAACUUAUGAUUCAUUUAAUUUCUUGUGUUGUUCUGUGCUGAGAAACCAGACAACACAUGUCUGUAAGCAGCACCUUCAACCACACAGAUGUGUGUAUCAGAGUCCAUUUCCUUAUCUCUGCGUGUGGAGUCUCAAUCUGUUUCCUCAUGGAAAGACUGCAGCAAGGAUGGCCGUUAAUCAGAUCAUGUCCAAGGCAACCUCUUACCAGCCGCCAAAUGUGAUUUAGAAUAAUCUUCAUUAAAGUGAUUGAAUUACGCUGCUGCUGCUGCUGCUGCUGCUGCACACUGCAUGGGGUAGUAUUGGGUUAGUUGCACACACACAGAUGACAAAGGGAAUAAGCUGAGCUUUUUUUUUUAAAUGCAUUCAUCAGUAUGCAAACCUUGGAUGUUAGUUGUUCAAUAUCUUCAGGAGGAAAGAUUUCUGAAUCCAAAUCUUUUGUAGAUUUUCUAUGUUGCUAAUGAAAAUAAAUUCCAUCCACAUGUAGACAGACAUAAAACUCAACUCGGGCUGUUGCUCAACCAGCAACACGCUGUGGUGGGAUGAUGUGUCCUUGUGACAUUGUUGAUACCUCUUGAUGACAUCACUUGAUCUCCAAUCACUGAGCAAGCAACAUUUUCAGCAGGCAUAAACACAUGGUGUCAUGACUUGACAUGUCUGGGGUGUGAUCUCGUUUUUUUUCUGAAAACCCAACUUAUUACAUAGUUGGCCAUUUUUAAAUGGCUGCCAGAUUCUAGUGUGAUUAGUCUAUAGCUCUGACGUGACCAUUAUAGAUAGAAGAAGAAGAGUCUUUUGAGCAAAUGCUAUGUCUUUAAACACAGUAAUGCUGGAGUAAAAUACAUAUUAAUGCUUGUGCAGAAAUGCGUUCUCCUGCAGGUGUUGUCGUCGUUGUUUGUUCUUGCAUGUUGGUAAGUAGCUAAAAUGAAAUCUUCUGCAGCGUUAUCAGGAACCAUUGCAUUGUAGGUGUAGGUUGUUGUAGAAAUGGUGUGAAAUGAGGGUUGGGGUGGGCAGUUGUUGCCAGAGUAGGUGGUAUGUUAUUUUCAGUCCAUUGUGUCUACUUCCUGUGGGUCAGGGGUUAUUGGAGCAGGGUGUUGCAGACUUAAGGAAGUAAGAGGAGGGAGGGAAGUCAGCAGGGCAGGCAGGAAAGUGGCCAUACUCGCACUACACCAGUGACUGGACAACAACUCUGCUUCAUAUUCACCGCUCUUUUAACGCUUAUCCCCAGGCAGCGCUUGGACCCUUCAGACGCAGGCAUGGAAGAAGCGGUGGUUUGUUCUCCGCAGUGGCCGUCUGACAGGCGACCCAGACGUGUUGGAGUACUACAAAAAUGACCAUGCCAAGAAGCCCAUACGUGUGAUCGAUCUCAACUUGUGUGAGCAGGUGGAUGCAGGGCUGACAUUUAACAAGAAGGAUCUGGAGAACAGCUUCAUAUUUGACAUCAAGACCAUUGACCGCGUCUUCUACUUAGUGGCUGACACAGAAGAAGAGAUGAACAAGUGGGUCCGUUGCAUCUGUGACAUCUGCGGUUUCAACCCCACAGAUGAUGAAGCUGCAAAAGCUGCUCACCAGUCUGGAAUCGGAGGCCUGGUGGUGGACACUCCUCCACACCCGGCACUGGUGAAUAUUGUCGGCCCAGCUGCUGGAAUUCUGUCCAGUGUUCCUCCUCCAUACCAACCGGUCAGUGUGCGUCACCUGGACUCUCAGUCCAGUACAGAGGAGCCUCAGGAUUACCUAUGGCUGGUCAACUGUGAGAGUAAAAAACCUGAACCCAACAGCUCCAUUCACCUUCACUCUCUGUCGGAGGGAGAUCAGGAGUAUUUUCUCCUGGAGGAGUGUGAAAGCAAGACUCUUUAUCCACAGGCUAGUCAAGCCCAUGCCGAGUGCUCAAAGUCUACCUCCUCUGAGACAGACCUGAAUGACAACCUCCCCUCUCACCGCACACCUACGUCCUCCACCUCCUCGGCUAAACACACCUCGCACAACGGCUUCUUCCCUCAGCAUCCAGCCCCCGCCUCUGCGUCUUCCAUCUACGACUCCCCUCCAUCACGUGGUGCCUCACUCUCCACAGACAGCGGCCUUUACCACCUCCCUCGCAGCUACUCCCAGGACACGGUGCUCCUCCCGAAAUCAGCCUCAUCGCCCCCGGCGCCCCCAGACGGUGGGGAUGGUUCCGAGCUUUACGUCUUUAACACGCCAUCGCGCAAACACUCGAUGGAGACGCAGAUGCGAAACCUUUCCAUCAGUUACGAUAUUCCACCCACACCUGGAGCGAACUGUACCUACCAGGUGCCUCGCACUAUGUCGACAUCAACUGGAGUGGGAGGCUCAGAGGGAGGCGGGGACGUGGUCCCCCCUCCCAGACCACCCAAGCCUUCGCUCAGCUCGACCGCUGGACCUCCACCCCCCACUGCUGAGCGCUCACCUACGGACAGCUAUUGUGUGCCUCGCUCAGUCUCAGAGACAGACGGUAACUACUGUGUGCCCACUGGUGCUGGGAAUAAAGCCUUACGCAGCAACACUAUUGGAACUGUGGACAGUUCACGCCUCCGCAAAGAUUUCGGAUCCCAGGAUUGCUACGACAUUCCUCGAUCAUUCCCCUCUGACAAAAGCUGUUCCUUUGACUUCAAUGAAAGCUUCAACAGCUACUUUAAAAACAAAGGAAUGAUACCAGCUUGUAGCCAGUCCACUGAAGAGGUCGAUCAGAACUACGUUCCCAUGGGCGCCAACUCCCCAUCACAUCAUCACACGGGCAGUUUGCCAGAGCCAGUUCACGAAGCCAACUAUGUGCCCAUGACUCCCAGCACCAUGGAGUUCUCCUCCUUGGGAAAGCAGGUUCCUCCACCCGCUCACAUGGGAUUCCGCUCCAGUCCAAAGACCCCGCCCCGCAGGCCGCUGAUGAGCGACUGCCAGCCCCCGCCUGUGGAUCGAAACCUCAAACCUGAUCGUAAAGGUCAGAGUCCUAAAAUAAUAAGAGCAAAGGGUGUCGUUUUAGAGCGAACCGACUCUCAAACCGUAGGUGAAUUCCCCAGGGGACGACGUAAGGGAAAACCCGCUCCACUGGAGAUCAAACCACUGCCCGAAUGGGAGGAGCCCUGCGCCCCCGUACGCUCACCCGUCACGCGCUCAUUCACCCGAGCGGAUCCCCCUAGGUUUCCAAUGCCAGCGAGACCCCCAUCAGUGCAUAGCUUGGCCUCCAGCACUGACUCCGAGGACUGUGAAGAGAAUUAUGUUGCCAUGGUGCCUAAUAUGUCCACAGAUGAUCCAAACAUGAAGCUUCUGCCCCCCAUAACGGCAGAGGGCGGAGGCAGCCCCAUGGUGAAACCGAAGGGAGACAAACAGGUGGAGUACCUGGAUUUAGACCUUGACCCUGGCAAGUCCACGCCACCUAGAAAGAUGAAAAUCAACGGAACUGGUUUGGCAUCUUCGGACGAACGUGUUGACUACGUGGUUGUGGACCAGCAGCGGACACAGGCUCUUAAAUGCACCAGGGAGGCCUGGAAUGAUGGGCGUCAAAGCACAGAGACAGACACCCCUUCCAAGGGAGCCAAGUGACCCCGUGACCCCAGCUGCCAAAUGUCCCUCCAAACCUACCCCAAACUCGAUGGGCCGCUCUCACUAGUGAUGGCUCUGGUCUGAGCUUCCAGGUGGUCCAGCGGCAACUUUCCACCUUAGCAGGACCCCGUGUGUGUAUGUAUGUGUGUGAGUGAGUGCGUGUGUGUGAGUGAGUGCAGGAGCCAGUGGAGCUUCUCAGCCCCUCAACUGUCUUCAGUUUACACUGCUGUCAGGCCUGAAAACAGCAGCGUGUGCACAGUUGUGGGGAGUGGAUCAGGCCAAGAAUAAGCUGCGUGCAGUAAGAAAGCAGGUGGAAACUGGACUCGUCCUCGGGCUUCGACUAUAAACAGAGUUGUGAACAUUGACUGCCUCCUGCGUCAGAUUCACUCUUUCUUGCUGCUGCUCUCCUUCAAGUGGCCGUUUAACAGAAUCCAGAUUUAACAUUUCUUUGAAUUUCAUUAGCGUUGGGUGUUGUUUUUUUGAAGUGCAACUGAAAUCAAUUAACAUCUUAACGUGACGCUCGAAAACGUGACACCACGACACGACACGACACAACGAACACUCCAUGAGUCCGAACAGGAAACGCCAUCGAUGUCGCAUGUUGAGUUCUGUCAGAGCGGCCGACGGUUCCUGUGAACACAGACCAGUUUAACUAUUUUUUUUCCACUAUGUCUUUGCAGACGGCUGAAGCCCUCCCCUCCGCCCCUCCCCCCCGCCCGGCUUUGUGCGUGUGCGAGUGUGUGAGGUAACUUCAGAAAAAAAGACCACAAGACUUUAAACAUCCGUUUCUUCUAAUUCCAAGGCAGUUGAACUCGUCCGUUUUACAUAUAUCCAUGUACUCAGUUAUAGCUUUGUGACUUUAAUCCACUGAAGAUGAUUUGAUCUCCAUUUACGUUGUGAGCGAAGACGCCUCGAUCUGUUCCACAUGGACGUGCGGAGACUGUACAAAAGUGUUAUGUAUAUAAACAGAUGAAAAAGUGUCCUUUAUUUGUACGGAAUAUCCAGCGUGUUUAGCUCGAGGGCGUGUGGAUUCUGCAGGGUAGAAUCCUGGGCCUUAGGUGGUAUCAGGACUAGUUAUUAAAAGAAUUACUGUGAGUUUUUAGAACGUGACAGGUUUUCUAUAAGUUAUGCAAAGGUAUCAAACUUAGGCUACAGAGAGGAAUUAUCAGGUACUCUUUUUAAUGCAACUCUUCACUUCUAAUUUAUUUCUGGAUGUCACGUCCGUUUUAGCUCAGUAUUGUUGAUUAAUACGGAGAAACAUUUGCUAAAAUGUUUGGUUUUGACAAGCAGCAGUCGUUUAGUUCCACUUCCUCCCUCUAGUUGUAAUCUAAUAAACCGGCGCAGAGUGUUGGGGAAAGUGACUGCCUCCUGUUGCAACCAGAUCUAGUUUUUAUUGACAGUGAAUUUUUUUUUUUUUUUUUUUGUACACAUAGAUCUAUUAUACUAACCUGUGAACUCUUGACUCCCCUGCACGAGCUGUCACCUGAUCAAGUCAUUGCUGUACAUAUUUUGCCGUCAGCUCAGUUAACACACACACGUUGUUUCAAAAGGAAAAUAAUGUGCCUACGUCGUCUUCAUCCGUCUCUACUCUUUCUAUGUUGCAAUCUCUUUGUGAUGUGGACUGCAAAGCUGUUGAUGCUUUAUCUCUCUUUUUUUUUAAUGAAUCUCAACAGAAAAUGUAAAUUUUAAAAGCAGACUAAAUAAAAAUCCAACCUUUCA